AUGACUCUCGAAAUGAUUCUCUUUCUGAAGGUUAAUGGAGGCUUCUGGGAUGUGGCGACACGGCACGCCCACAUCAUCUCGAGUGCCCCCUCCAACAAGACGACGUUGGGCAAAACACAGAGAAAAGCAAGAACAGACAACGCGUCGCCCGUAGGCAACACGAGCUCAUUGCUGUACGAGAAUCCGUCUCAACAGCCGAUAGCGCAGCGACUGAAGGUGGAGGUGGUCAUCCCCGAUACCCACGCGGCGCUCGUGGGGCUGCUAUGCUGGGCCAGGUUCUACGUGUACACAGAUACUAUCCUUAUCUAUUGUCAGAGCGAUGCGCUGUCACUGCUGCUGAGCAACGUGCUUUGUUUCGUCAUACUAUAG